AUUCUGUUUUAUUUUUGUGAAUUUUAUGAAUGCAUGAUGUAGGAAAGUUUUAGUCUUUGCAGAAAUCCGCAACAGUUUCACUUUAAACUGUUUCCAUUCUGCAGAAAACUUGAUGAUCUUUUGUCUGAUCCCCCAUGAAUGCACCGAUUUGGUUGCAUGUUUAUUGCAAAACGACAAUUUUGCACUUCUGGUUGUCAUUUGAACUUUUAAAAAAAUGUUUUAUUUUUGUAAAUUUUAUAAAUGCAUGAAGUGGAAAAGUGAAGCUGUUGUGGAUUCCUGCAAAAACUAAAACUUGAAACUGUUUCCAUUCUGCAGAAACUUCAUAGUUUCCUUUUGUUUGACUCCAUCAGUGCAAAGAUUUGGUUGAUUUUAAGACAAAAUGACAACAUCAAGCAUCUGUUUGUCGUUUGGGAUUAAAAAUUAGAUAAAUUCGUUUCAUAUUUUGUUAAUUUUUUUGAGUGCAUGAAGUGGGAAAGUGAAGCUUCUGCUCAAACUAAAACUUGAAACCUAAAUAUUUUCCUUUUGUUUGCGUGCAGAAGGGGAGCGCGCGUGACCCCCAUCAAUCUGCCACGAGCCAAAGUGUGACAAAAGCAUUAUCACAUCAAUGCGCCUAUCAGCCGCAGCCAAUCAGCGCGCGCCGCUUUCUCUGCGCCGCACGAGCUGCGGGGCUAUAAAAGCAGCUGCGUGAAGCCGCUCCGCUCCAAACGCUCUUCCUCCUCCUGGAAUAUCCUCAUCCUCACCGACUGCAUCAUGACUUUUGAAGAGGUUCUGAUCCAGAAGCCCGCCGAGCGCGCUCAGUGCGCAGGCGCAGCCCUGGAAGAAGUUCUGGUCUCGGCUAAAGACAACCAGUCUCUCACCGUGGGAGUCUACGAGUGCGCCAAAGUCAUGAACCUAGACCCGGACAGCGUGUCGUUCUGCGUCCUGGCCACAGACGAGCAGUUCCAGUGGGACGUGGCCCUGCAGAUCCACUUCACCCUGAUCCAGUCCUUCUGCUUCGACAACGACAUCAGCAUCGUCAGAGUCAGCGACACGCAGCGUCUGGCCGACAUCGUCGGAGACAAGCAGGAAGACGCGCACUGCGUCCUGAUUACGAACCCGGCCGAUGGGUCUUGGGACGACCCGGCUCUGGAGAAGUUGCACCUGUUCUGCGAGGAGAGCCGGCGGCUGAACGACUGGGUUCCUGAGAUCAGCCUCCCGGAGCGCUGACCCGGCUCUCUGCCGCUCACCUGAUCCGUUCACACCUGGAAAUCCUCAUCCCGACCGGGAUGAUUCUGUUUCCGGUUCUUUCCUGGGCGCUCCUGAGGAGCUAGCAUGCCCGGGCUAGCACGGCGCCGGCACCGCCGCCGCCGCCCCCCGCAGCCGUCCGUGCCAAGAUGAGCCUGGUUCUUUCUGCGAACGAGGCCGGGCACGCAGCGGGGGGCGGCACACCGUCGACCCUCAUUCUUUGUGCGGAUGAGGUUUGGAGAGGGAGGAGAAGAGGCGAGUUCUGCGUCCCGUGGUUCCCACGGAGCGAACGUCGCCACGCAGAAGCACGCGCAGCAGGAGAAGAAGCGGUGCUGAGGAAGAAGCGGCCAUCUUGGAAAGAGACUUUUCAGAUGUUCGUCUUCGGCUGAGCAACAUGGCAGCAGUUGCAGUCAGCGGAAAUGUUUCCCACUUUCCAGAAUUGUCUUAAUUCUCUAAAGGUUUCACUUUAGAAGUUUAACGAUGACAAAAUUAAUCUAGAAAAGUCGAAUCUAAAGGUUUCACUUUAGAAAAUGACACUAAGUUAUUGACAUAAAAAAACCUAAUAAAAUUUGUUUUAAUUUUUUUUUUUUAAAAAAUGCCUUUAAUUCUGAUGUAACUGAAAAUAUAAUCUGAAACAAUUUAACCAAGAUAAAAUGAGAUUUUAGGCGUUUUUGAUUAGUUUUAGACUGUAUAACUUGUUUUAAGAAGUUUUUGCUUAAUUUUACCCUUAAGAUCUGGACCAGAAUGUUUUCUCCUUUUUUUACCUGCAAUUCUGAUUUAAUAUGAAGUUAUUUAACCAGGAUAAAAUUGAUUUUGAGCUGAUUUUGAUUUAAAAUGCAAAACUUGUAUGAAGAAUGUUGCUUUUUUUUGCAUAGUUAAAAAGAAUUUGAAUUUGAAAACACUGUAAAAAAAAACUGAUGUGUUUUAAACUGGUUAGAAAUAAUAGUUUUGUACGUUUCUAAGUGAAAAAUGCUGAAUAAAAUCCUUGAAGAUGAA